UCAGACCCUCACUGAGCACAUACAACAAACAGUUUUCGAUCAUUUUCCCGAGAAAAUAAAAUCCCACCCAGAAAAGUAAUAUUAUAUAUCAGUAUAUCACAAAGAAAAAAAUAAAUUAAAGAAUGAAAUUACCGUAGAGACAAACUAGAGAGAGAGAGAGAGAGAGAGAGAAAAAAGUGCGAGGGAGUUGAGAGAAAGAAGAUUCAUCAAAGCCCAGAAUCGAGGCGACUGCACCGACUCAGACUCGGACUAUCUCUGUUAUCUCUCGCCUUCUCUCUCUUUCUCUAUCUAUCUCUCUCCCUCUCUUUGUUUUACUCUCGAUCACCGUUCAAAUCUGGUACUUAUCUCUCUGACUCUUUCUUAUCUCUCUUGCUUAGCUUUGUUUGUUGCUUGAAAAACCCUCAUGAAUUUCUCUAGUUUUGUCUAAUUUGUAUGGGUUUGUCAUAGUUUCUAGGACUAGUUACGAACAUGAAUGCAGAGAAAAGAAAAAAAGAAAAAACCCAUCGAGAAAAAACCUAGUCUUUUGUUGCCUUGAUUGGUUUAUAGCGAAAUUGAAUUAGAUAUAUAUAUGUAUAUUGUAGAUAUGGCAUUUGAUCAAAACGCGAUCCCGAAAGAUCUAAGGCCCUUAAACGUAGCUCGAACUAUGGCCGAAGAGCCCCGCAUUGCGCCGGCUGCUUCUACUGGGCGAAACCUCGAAGGAUAUUUCCCCAACCCGGCUCGCGAGGCAGGGACAGCCGGAAGCCCUGGGUCGAUACCGGUUUAUUACCCGGUGGCGGGGACGGUUUCUGAUGCUGGGUUUGUUGGUUUAGGGUAUGGAAAUGUAGCGCCGCCAGGUGUGGCUGUGUGGGGCUCCCGUGUGCCUGUGCCUGUGGGGCAUCCGGGUGUGAGCCCUGCUGUUGGUGUUGGGUUUGGUUAUAAUCCCAAUUUGGGCAGUAGGGUUGGCGGCAAUGCUGCUGCUCUUGCUAGUGGUGCUAUGGCAACUGGGACUGGCUAUAAUGUGAAUUUUGGCAAUCGUGUUGGUGGAAAUGGCAUGGAUCAGGCUGGCAGUGAUAUGGCAUCUGGGUUUGUUUAUAGUACCAAUUUGGGGAAUAGGGUUAGUGGCAAUGCCACUGACCAGACAAGCAGUAAUUCAGCUACUGGGUUUGGUUAUAGUCCCAAUUCCGGCAACCAGGUUGCUGGCAGUGGGGCUGAUCAGGCAAGUGAUGAGGGUGGGGAUGAUUCAGCGUCGGGGAAGAAGGUAAAGUUUUUGUGCAGUUUUGGGGGAAAGAUUUUACCCAGGCCAAGCGAUGGGAUGUUGAGAUAUGUAGGGGGGCAGACAAGGAUCAUUAGUGUCAGGAGAGAUUUGAGCUUUAAUGAGCUGGUGCAAAAGAUGGUGGAUAGUUAUGGGCAACCUGUGGUUAUCAAAUAUCAGCUCCCCGAUGAGGAUCUUGAUGCAUUGGUGUCAAUCUCGUGUCCCGAUGAUCUUGAUAACAUGAUGGAUGAGUAUGAGAAAUUGGUUGAGAGGUCUUCAGAUGGGUGUGCUAAGUUAAGGUUGUUUUUGUUUUCUGCUUCAGAACUUGAUCCUUCUGGUAUGUUACAGUUUGGAGAUUUGCAUGAUAGUGGACAGAGAUAUGUUGAUGCAGUGAAUGGGAUAAUGGAUGGAGUUAGUGGUGGAAUCACAAGGAAGGGAAGUAUGGCGAGUGCUUCUUCAACCCAAAAUUCUGAUUUCAGUGGGACUGAGGCUGUUGAUAGCUUGGGUCCUGGUCAAGUGGAUGUUAGUGGUCCCUCAUCAACCAGCAUGCUAUCACCUAGAGGAAAUUCAGCUACUUCUAAUGACAAUGCUCCAAGAUUCAGGUGUGUAGAUCCCAGCCCUGCAACAUAUGCAGAUGCUUCAUCAACAUUGGGUAUGCAGGUAGUUAAGUCUGGUGCUCUCCAAACAUCUUCACGGCCCGAGGUUGAGCUAGAAAGGUCUAUGCCUGUUUCUGUAUCGCAGCCACAAUUGGGGUUGCAGCAACCUGUAACGGACAUUCCAAUGUCUUCACCUUAUUUGCAGGCUUAUGUUGAUCCUCGCUCAGAAAUGAUGAAGCAUGCAGAUUAUCUACAGCUUCCUUCUCAGAUGGGGUUCCCACAUCCUCAGUUAUUUGGGACUGCUGGGUCUAUGUUCACCCAACAGCAGUUUCAUGAUAAUUCUGCUGGAAGUACUCCCCUUCAGUUUAUUCCUGCUGUGCACAUGACAAUGCCUUCUGCAUCUUCUCAUGUCAGACCGAAUAUGGUACAGCCAGUGAUGCAACCACAACAUACUCGGUUGGAUCAUUAUGCUGAGGAAAGCAAAUUUGGACCGAGGGCUUUCCAACUUCCUGUUGAGCAGAGCUAUAAUUCAUAUCAAGUUCAGGUCCCCUCUUCAGUGGUAGGAGGUGGUUAUGGCUGGCAUCAGGUUACAAUGCCUGAGCAUGUAAUUCUCUCUGAUGGAUUGGCACCUCAUCAACAGGUAAUGUUUUCUGAGAAAAUACCGAGGUUGGAUAACUGUUAUAUGUGUCAAAAAGCUUUGCCUCAUGCACAUUCGGAUACUUUGGUACAGGAUCAAAGAAGCGGUGGUGCAAGCUCUAUGUCCGAUUCAAACUCAAUUUAUCGUAGUCUCCGUCUGGAGGACAAUUUGAGAGGUCAGCCAAUGAACAGGGUUAUGGCAACAGGAGCCUUGGGGGAAAGCAUUAUUGAACAGAAAGUUGGGGUUCAACCCAGGGUCCUUGGUCAGGUGGAUGCUCAUGUUGGGAUGCCUCAAUCAGACACAACUGGGUUUAGUCAGAGUCCAGAGACACAGCAUGAAAAUGAGCGAAUUGUUCUCCAAAAAGCAGAUGAUCUUGAGAAACAGCAGAUUACUGCUCCAAUGGGUGUGAUCAAUAGGGCAGGUGAUGUACAGUCGCCUUAUGCUGCAUUCAUGGGCACUACACCUCAGUCUUACCAAGAGGAUGCUGUACAGCAGCAUUCAGUUCCAGUCCAAUACCAGGUUAAAAGGGAGGCCUUAGUGAAUAAUAGUGAUGUACCUCCUACUGGAGGUGCACCAAUUCAAAUUUCAGAACACAUGGUUCGUGAGCCUCCAAAAGAAUAUUCUACCAGACUUCCUGGCAUUCUUCCAAAAGAAGAUACUGUAGACACGUUCUUUUCCUGCGAACAGCUGAGACCAGUUGAUGGGAGGAUGGAUACCCUCAGGAUAUCCCCCACUGAAACUUAUAGUAAUGAGCAUAGCAAGUUACCUCUCGAUAAAAUCAGAAAGGAAGACAAGUUUGAUAACAAACCACAGCAAGCUACAGGGACGGAGGUGCUUCUAGAUAAUGCCUUUGGUCAACCCAAAGUUGUUUUUGAGUCAAACCACAAUAAACCAACUGAAUGUCUGCCUUGUCCCCCUACAGAAAUUCCAUAUGUUCAUACUUCUCGACCAAUGGAGUUUUAUGAAGUGGCACAGCCACCUAUUUGGGCUAAUCCUGGAUCAUAUCCACAAUCAAAUAUUGAAAUCCAUAACUUGGAUCCUGAGGAAAUUCGUUAUGGCAACCCUGUAUUAUCUGGUGUUGAGGCUCCUCAUCUAACUGAUAGAAUUCCAGCUCCUGCUGAGUGGAAGGAUGACAUAUCACGGUUUCAGCCCAAGAUGGUCCCAUGUGAUGUGGAAGCUGUCCCCUUGAAUAGUAAUACACACUCUUCUUUAUCUCCAUCUAGUGGAACUGGGGAUGUUGAAGACUCCUCAAACUCACUUUUCAGCAAUCAGGAUCCAUGGAGUUUGCGCCAUGAUAAUUAUUUUCCCCCUCCAAGACCUAACAAAGUUCUGCCCAGAAAAGAAGCUCUUGCUGCUAGGGAUCCCUUUGGUGAGAGCCAUUUUGGAAAUAGUGGGGAACCAAAUACAGACGUACGACUGGAGGAUGGACUUCACCAGCCAUUGGGCAAUCCGAACAAGGAUUUCCAUUUGGAGCAUGUUAGAUCUGCUAAAGGCUCAGCAGAGGAGCAGAUUAAGCAAGAUCUUCAAGCUGUUGCUGAGGGUGUAGCUGCUUCUGUUCUUCAUUCAGCUACGUCUUCAAAUCCUGACAUACAUGAUAUAUAUGAGUCUGCUUUUGAAGCUAUUCAAGAUGGAGAUAUUCAGAAUAGUAGUGUUGACAUGCAGCAUAAGGCUAAAGUUGAGGACAAGAACAAACUUCCAGAUAAGGCAAACCUUGGUUUUCCAGUAUCAGAUAACAUAGGCCGCUUGCAGAUUAUAUCAAACAGCGACCUUGAAGAGCUUAGAGAAUUGGGUUCUGGAACCUUUGGCACUGUUUAUCAUGGAAAAUGGAGGGGCACUGACGUCGCAAUCAAACGGAUUAAUGAUAGGUGUUUUGCUGGGAAGGCUUCAGAACAAGAGCGCAUGAGAGAUGAUUUCUGGAAUGAGGCAAUCAAGCUUGCUGACUUGCACCAUCCCAAUGUAUUAGCUUUCUAUGGUGUUGUCCUUGAUGGCCCUGGAGGUUCUGUGGCAACAGUAACAGAGUAUAUGGUUAAUGGUUCUUUAAGAAAUGCUUUGCAGAAAAAUGAGAAGGGACUUGACAAGCGUAAGCGUCUCUUGAUUGCAAUGGAUGUGGCCUUUGGAAUGGAGUAUUUGCAUGGAAAAAAUAUAGUGCAUUUUGAUUUGAAAAGUGACAAUUUACUGGUUAAUCUUCGAGAUCCUCAUCGCCCAAUAUGCAAGGUUGGUGACUUAGGUCUAUCCAAGGUGAAAUGUCAGACACUGAUCUCAGGUGGUGUUCGGGGAACACUUCCUUGGAUGGCACCAGAGCUUUUGAAUGGUAGCAGUAGCCUUGUUUCUGAUAAGGUUGAUGUAUUUUCAUUUGGUAUCGUGAUGUGGGAGCUCCUCACUGGAGAAGAACCAUAUGCAGAUUUGCACUAUGGCGCUAUCAUAGGGGGUAUUGUGAGUAACACGUUGCGGCCGCCAAUACCAGAAUCUUGUGACCCAGAUUGGAAAUCACUGAUGGGGAGAUGCUGGUCAUCUGAACCAUCUGAGAGACCAAGCUUCACUGUAAUUGCAAACGAGUUACGCGCUAUGGCAGCAAAGGUUCCUCCCAAAGGACACAACCAAUCACCACCUCAAGUCCCCUCAACACAGCCCCCCCAAGUUCAGAAAUGAUUACAGGUGUCAAAGAUUGCACCACAUCUCUAAAUUGUACUUGGUGCGCGUGUUACCGUGUUAGUGCUUCUUCGCACCAUGGAGAAGACACAGGAAAAAUGAGAUGCUAAGAGUAGGAGCCACGUACUUCUAUUAAUUAAUUAUUUUUUUAAUUUACUCUUAAAGCAUAUUAUUUAUUUAUUUUCUUUUUUUAUUUUGGCUCGAAUAGAGUAGAGUAGGCGAGAGUAAGCUUCCAUGUUGUCGUGACCAAGAAAUUUCUCUGGUGCUUUUGUGACCGCUGCAAUUGGGCCUUCUUUAAUACAAAAGUAGGUGUAGACAAAUUUUUUCUUCUGGAAAUUUCUUCGAUUCUGACAUGUCUUUACAAUGUGAUUUUUACAUGAUUUUUAAAAAUGAAGGUGAGAAAU